AUGAUUUUUUUAUUAUUUGUUGCACUUGUUUCAUGUGCACUAUCAUCUUAUCUUGAUAUUCCACCACCACCUGAACGACCAUUACGUUUUAAAACAAGAGAACAAAUUGAAAAUUAUCUUAAAGCUAUUAAAGAUUAUUAUGAUGCAUUUAAAAUCAAACUUGUUCGUCGAGAUAGUUCUUUAUAUGAUAUUUAUUCACAAUUAGACAAAUCGAACAAUGAUGAUAAUAAUAAUAAUGAUGAAGAUGAUAAUGAUGAUUUUGAUUUAAAUUAUUAUUUCAAGGAUUUACCAAGAAAUUCUUAUAUUCGACGACGAUAUAGAAUUAAUCGAUUGAUGAAUAUUUAA